AUGGGAAGCAAAUCUCUGUGGCUCCUCCUUGCUGGUGUCCUCCUGGCCUAUUGUCUGUAUACUCCGCUCCCAGACAAUAUCGAGCCCUCAUGGAAACUGAUGUUGACCUGCGCUUUCCUCAGGAUCCAAACACAUCUGGCACCACUUUUGGAAAUGCUGGGAUUUAGGCCUUUUCUGUUGUUGGAUGUCCUGGAAGUACCACCAACCUCAGAUGAAAAUGUCACAGUGACAGAUACCCUGUUCAAUAACAUUCCAGUCCGGGUCUUUGUGCCAAAGCAGAAGUCGUCUACACUGAGGAGGGCUGUGUUUUAUAUUCAUGGUGGUGGCUGGGCCAUAGGAAGUGCCGCUUGGGCCCCUUAUGAUGACCUGGGAAGACAAAUGGUGGAGAAUCUUGAUGCUGUGGUCAUAUCAUCUAACUACAGAUUGUCACCCCAGUAUCACUUCCCAACUCAGUUUGAAGAUGUAUAUGAUGCUUUAAGGUGGUUCUUGAGGAAGAAAGUCCUUGCUGAGUAUGGUGUGGAUCCUGCCCGCAUCUGUGUUGCAGGAGACAGUGCUGGAGGGAAUUUAGCUGCAGCUGUGAACCAGAAGCUGCUGGAUGACCCAGAAGUCACGAUCAAAGUCAAGAUUCAAUCUUUAAUUUAUCCUGCUCUUCAGGCCCUUGAUAUGGACUUGCCAUCAUAUCGAGAAAAUGCCCAUUUGCCAUUCCUGACAAAGCACCAAAUGAUUCUCUUUUGGAGCAGAUAUUUCACCUCAGAUAAGGUAUUAGAAGAAGCCAUGGUUGCCAACCAACAUACACCUGUGGAUUCCAGCCAUCUCUUCAAGUUUCUUAACUGGAGUACCCUGCUUCCUGAGAGGUUUAUAAAAGGACAUGUGUAUAGGAACUCAAUUCAUGGACCUUCUGACCUUGCAAAAAAGUAUCCAGGAUUUCUAGAUGUCAGAGCAUCCCCCCUAUUAGCUGAAGAUUCUAUGUUAAAGGGUUUACCUUUGACCCAUAUCCUCACCUGCCAGUAUGAUGUCUUAAGAGAUGAUGGACUCCUGUACAUCUCCCGCCUUAGGGCUGCAGGAGUCCAGGUAGUCCAUGAACAUGUGGAAGAUGGGUUCCAUGCAAUCCUGUUAUAUAGCAGUUCAGUAAUGAAUCUUAAAGCAAGUCUUAGGGUAGUGAACAAGUAUCUGAAGUGGCUAAAGGAGAAUCUCUAG